AUGCCUUCCGUAGAGACCCCUUCCAAGGCUGCCGCCGCCGCCCUCGACAAGGUCACCCUUGACAUGCCCACCCCCAUCAAGGCCACUGAGCCCACCCUCCUCUCCAAGCUCCAGGCCGUCGCGCCCACCAAGCCCGUCGUCGAGGAAGCCCAGGACGUCGAGGAGUACCGCAAGCGCUUUGUCGGUGACAUCGAGUGCGAGGAGAAAGACGAGCCCCUCCUCAAGGAGACCAACGCGCGCUUCGUCCUCUUCCCCAUCAAGUACCACGAGAUCUGGCAAAUGUACAAGAAGGCCCAGGCAUCCUUCUGGACCUCUGAGGAGAUCAACCUCGCCCCUGAUCUCCACGACUGGGAAAACAAGCUCAACGACAACGAGCGAUACUUUAUCGAGCACGUCCUCGCGUUCUUUGCUGCCUCUGAUGGUAUCGUCAACGAGAACCUCGUCGAGCGAUUCUCUGCUGAAGUCCAGUGUGCCGAGGCCAAGUCCUUCUACGGUUUCCAGAUCAUGAUGGAGAACAUCCACUCUGAGACCUACUCUCUCCUCAUCGACACCUACAUCAAGGACACCGCCCGCCGAAACUACCUCUUUGAGGCCAUGGACACCAUCCCCUGCAUCCGAAAGAAGGCCGACUGGGCGCUCAAGUGGAUCACCGACGACAAGUCUACCUUUGCUGAGCGUCUGAUCGCCUUUGCCGCCGUCGAGGGUAUCUUCUUCUCUGGCUCUUUUGCCUCCAUCUUCUGGCUCAAGAAGCGUGGUCUCAUGCCUGGUCUCACCUUCUCCAACGAGCUCAUUUCUCGUGACGAGGGUCUCCACACCGACUUUGCCUGUCUCCUCUUCACCCACCUCAGGCGUCGCCCUCACCCCGACACCAUCAACAAGAUCAUCAAGGAAGCUGUCUUCAUUGAGCAAGAGUUCUUGUCUGAGGCUCUUCCCGUCUCUCUCAUUGGUAUGAACGCCAAGCUCAUGUGUCAAUACAUCGAGUUUGUCGCCGACCGACUUCUUGUUGCCCUCGGCAAUGACAAGAUCUGGAACUCUGCCAACCCCUUCGACUUUAUGGAGAUGAUCUCUCUGCAAGGCAAGGCCAACUUUUUCGAGUCCCGGGUGUCUGCCUACUCCAAGGCUGGUGUCAACCAGUCUGUCGGCGCCGCCGACCACAACGCCAUCAAGAAGGGCUUCUCUCUCGAGGAAGACUUCUAA